GUCCCACGCAUCGCGCGUGGUUUCUGUAGGAAGUUGAGUUCUUUCCGCGCAUCUUACGCGUUUUCCUGAAGGAAAAUGGCUACCAGCUGUCAUUUAAUCGAAAAGUGUAACUUGUAAAGUUAAUAUAGGAUUGUGUGAAAAAUUAUUUAACGUGUAUAAGAUUGCUUGGCGUGAUGCAAUUACAUAACAUUGAAAUCGUUUAGUUGAUCGACGCCACUUUUCAUCUCUAUGCAGAACCCGUGAAACUUCUACAGUGCCAUGAAAUUUUAUUCCAAUUUACUGUUUACAGUUUUUAUUUUUUGCGAAACAUAUCAGGACUAACAAGUCAGCGCUAUUUCUCCAUUUUAUAAAUAAUUUAAUCAUUUCAGUAAUCAUUUUACAAUUAUUACUGAAAAUUUAACCGCGCUAUAAAAGAUUACAAAUUUUUUGAUCUUACUUACAUUAUUAUUUUUGGAGCAUAUUAAUUAAAAAUACGGAAAUCAGCAUGGGUUCGAGUCAACAAUUUUCUCUUAGGUGGAAUAAUUAUUUAAAACAUAUUACUUGUGCUUUUGAUACAUUAAGAACAGAAGAAGAUCUUGUUGAUGUAACUUUAAGCUGUGAGGGGAAAAGAAUAAGAGCACACAAAAUGCUUUUAUCUGCAUGUAGUACAUAUUUCAGAGAUUUAUUUAAGGAAAAUCCAUGUCAACAUCCUGUUAUAAUAUUUCGUAAUGUAAAAUUUGAUGAUUUGGCUGCAUUAGUUGAUUUUAUGUAUCAAGGUGAAGUAAAUGUGGUUCAAGAACAAUUAGCUAGUUUUUUAACAACUGCUGAAUUACUUGCUGUUCAGGGUCUUACAGAUGGUACAGGAAAAGAUAAUGAUAGUUUAGUAGAGGAUGACAUAGAAAUUCCUAAUGAACCUGAAAUUCAACUUCAAAAUGCUUCUAGUAAGACUGCAACGGAUAAGAGAAAUAAAUCACCUUCAUCUCCAAUGCCUUAUCACGCUGUCGAUUUACAACCUGAUGCUCCGCCGAGUAAAAGACGAAAAUGUAGAGAAAAUGCAAAUACAAAUGCAGAUAAGACUAUAAGUAAUGCUUUAUCUGCAAAAGAUUCUGAAAAUAAGACUUCAGAAAAUCAAUCAACAACUGGUUCAGAUCCUGUUGAAAUAAUUCCUCUAAUGCCAAAUUUAAAGUUGGAAAUGCCUGAAUAUCUAGUACAAGAUGGAAGUAGCUGUAGUUACGAAGAACAGAGUUUGGGAGACAGUUCGCUAAAUAAAAUUGGUAUAGAAGAUACAUCAUCUAAUACUCCUGAUCAUGAUCAGAAGCCUGAUAUCACUCAAACAUUUUACUCAAGUAACCAAUCUACUUCAGAUAGCUUGGAUCUUAAACAUCAAACAGCUGAUGUUGGACACUUGCUUUCAAAACCUAGUACUUCUGGGGAAAGAUUAACGCAAGAAGCAGUACAGGGGGGGGUGGGACGCAAUCGGAAGCAUGUUGGCGAUACAACUGGUCAAGUGGUGAUGCAGGGUCCAGGGCGUUUUUCGUGCAGACUCUGCGGAAGCGUUUACAAGCACCUUGCUUCGCUGACCCAGCACCUCGAAGUGCAUCGCAACCAGACUACCUGCAUUCUCUGCCAUACCACUCUCAGUCGUAGAACCGACCUGCGACGUCACAUGCGUUUGAAACAUAACAUGCAAUGGCAAAAAACGAUCCAGAAGCAGCGCAGCUCGAAAAACGAAUUGGACUCGUAAAAACAUUUCUUUCGAACGCGUACGGGCAUUGCUUCUCGCUCCGCCCUCGUCCCCCACCUCUCCCCGCCUCGCCUUCCCCCACCAUCCACCGUGGCCGCUCUCUCCUUUCUUUACUUUCCUUCUUUCUCGUUUCCCUCGAUUCAAAAGUAUUUAUAUUUUCUUUUCUUUCUCCACGCGCUAGCACUGAAUAAAUAAAUUAAUUAUCGAAACAAUAACGCGAUAUAAUAUUAUAAUAUGUUCGCGCACAAGUUCAAGUGAUGUUAGUAGAGUCGAGAAAUCGAAAACUGCUUUUUUCUUUUUCUUUUUUUUUUUCAAAUUCGACGUCGUUCUCACGAUUAGGUGGUGUAUAAUAAGCGUGGAAAAAAAAAAAAAAUUUGAGGACAGUAACAUGAGACUCGACAAUUUGUAUUUAUCGUUGUUGUUGUUUUUUUUUUUUAAAUCCCGAUCUCAUUUUUUUUUUUUUUUCUUAAAACUCGGAAAAUUCGACAAAUUAGGGGACGCACGUCUCUCUCUGUUCGAAUAAGGAAAAAACUAAGAAACGAUUCGAACGAUUCGAUCCUGAUUUUUCGUUAAGCUUUUGUCCUUUAUCCUUUAUUAUAUUUGUGAUACGCGUGAUUUUUUUUUUUAGCAAGUCGCGCAUGCUCUCGCUUUCGUUUCUCAUCGCUACGCUUUCAGUGUAAAGUGAUAAGAAAUCGAAAGAUUUUAUUCCAAUUUGUAAUCCUGUUAACGCGUCUCUAAUAAGAAUUCUAGUCAAUGUACAGUACAGUUACUUUUUUUUUUUUUUUUUAUUAUAUAAGUGAUCGUUAACACGUUUCUUUCUCUUUAAUCGUAUACUCGCUUAUAUAUAUCGAUUUUAUAAUCGAUGUAAUGGUUCCGCAUGGAGAUCUGUGUUACGCGCACCGGUUAUUACUGUUAUAUGCGCGAAAAAUGCUUCGAUAACUAUCGCGUUCGAGGGGGAAAAAUUACGAGAUCGAUCGAUAAUAAUCGACGACGUGACCGAGCGAUGGUUAUCGAUGGAGUGCGUACGAAUCUUUUUUGCAGUUUUGAAUAUAAUGCACAACGGGUAAUAGAAUUGAUGAAAUAUUAUUAUUAAAAAAUAUCCAUAUCGCACGAAUAUUAGAAGAAAUUAUGAGGGACGAUUUCGAUGCGAGUAACACGACGACGAUAAAAUGAAAUGAAAAUGUACGCGCAAGAGAUGGCGUUCUUCCCAUCCUCGAGAUACUCGUAGCUAAAUUGUUCCGAAUAACAACUUUCGUAUAGUGUUACACUGACUCUGUUUACACGUCUCGUUGCUCGCGUGCUCGACGAUUUUUCUUUGCGAUAAAGAUGAACUUAGCUACUACUACUGAAAGGAGCGCAUAGACACAGUGCCUUACACACAAUUUAUCUAGUUUUACAUUUUACAUACAUACAUAUUAUAACUUUCCAGAUGUUUACCACAGUUGAACGCGUAUAAGAGAAUAUAAGAGAACUGAAAGAGUUUUAUUCUUUUCACUUGUGGCUUCGUGUAAACAUUGUCUCUGUAUAAAGAAACGACAAAAUCUUCUUCGUUCGUACCUUCUUAUAUAUAAAACCUUAUAUAUACAUAUACACGACAAGAAUGUAAUUUUCGAUCGAUCGAUACGGUCCGGAAACUAAUUGUAUUUUUUAACCUGUUCUUUCUCAUUCUUGUAUUCGUUACUUUUUUUCUUCUCUUUUUUCGCGAUUUCACGAGUCUCGAAAGUGUCGCGUUACCGUUCAAAAAUUCGAAGACCUUUGCCGAGUAUUUAAGUUUCGCGUGUCGCUUCAUCCCAAAACGUCUUGGAAAAAAUUCUAUUUAUUCUCCCGAUAUCGAUAGAUCAUAUCUGUAUCACGAAAUUCUUAGGAAUAGUUACGA